ACCGAUUUCUCUUCCUCAUCCUAAAAAAGUAUUAUACGAAAAUGUGUUGGUUUAUCGCCGGCCUGCAGCAGCAGUCGCAGGCAAGGCCCAAUAGACUAUGAGUGCUAACCGAUUUUGUGUGUUUGUGUAUGAGUGAGUUUUUUUUAGAGAGAAAGGGAGAGAGAGAGAGACGGGCAAACUGGCAAACAGACCUGCUACAUGAUACGGCUGCGAUUGGGACAAUGGAAACGUGUGAGCUGACUGCGUGUUUUUUUUUUUUCCUUCUUUUCGUUUGCAGCGGCGGGGUCGGUGAGGACUAGUGCAGGUGCGGGCCGUGCGGGCGCUUCCAGCGGGCCGGGCUCCAGCGGGCCGGACUCCAGCAGGCCGGGCUCCAGGCCGCGCACUCCAGGCCAGGCCCAGGAGGGCCGCGGGCGCGCCGGCGAGGAGGCGAGGCGGGGAGGCGGCCAUCGCCAUGCGGAACCCUCGCGCGGCAUCCUGAGCGCAUCCCAGCCAAACCCGGGAAAACAUCUACAGGUGUGGCGAGUGGUCAUGCGGUUGUGGCUGGUGCUGGUGGGGGCGCUGUUGCUGCAGUUGCUGUCCCAGCGGGGGGCGCACGCCGCUCCGAAGGGGGCCCCCUCCACACAGCACCAGCGCCAUCACCGGCAUGGCGUGGCCCCGGGGGCGGCCGGCCUGGUCGGCGCGGCCCUCCAGGACGGGCCCAGCGCUCCACCUCCUGGCAGCGGCGCCGGUAGCGACGGCGGCCCGCCGGGGCUCCCCGACGGCCUCCCCUCCGGCCUGGCCGCGGGGCUCGCCGACGAGCACCCCGGGGCGGCAGCGCAGGUCGCCGGCGCCGCAGCCCAGCGCAAGGACGGCGGCAGCAACGCGAGCGACACGGAUGAGGAGCUGCAGGACCUCCUCCUACUCUCCGGCAAGCUGCACUUCAUGGACGAGGACCAGGACGACGACGACGCGGCGCAGCAGGUCCGGGCCGACCAUCUGCCCCUGGACAGGAGAUUAGCGAGCGGCGGCGGAGACGAGGACGAAGGCGUCGAGGUGGCGGUGGAGGAGUCUCUGUGGGGGGCGGAGGCGGCGCCGCCCCCCGCCCCCGCCGCGACGCACCUCCACGCCGCCGCCGCCCGGCCGCCGCACCGCAAGCGCAGCAACCAGCGGCGGUCCGCGCAGGGCAGCCCGCCGCACAAUCCGCACACCUUCAACCAGACGCAGCUGCCGCAGCUGCAGGCGCCGCCGCCCAACUACGACCACGAUCCGCUCGUCGUCAUGACGAAGAAGGGCCGCGUGCGGGGCGUGACGCUGCGCGCGGCCACGGGCAAGGACGUGGACGCCUGGCUCGGCAUCCCCUACGCGCAGAAACCCAUAGGUGAGUGGGAGUCGCCGGCCCACCCACAUCCGGGUGAUUCAGAGAGUACGCCCCUUAAAUGGCUAGUUUUUUGGGAGUUAAAUUUCAUCUUGCUUCGUGGAGUUUAGUUUUGUCGAGUAGACCAUUCUGCGAAAGCUGAAAUGAAGGCGAAGAGCAAGAAAACGGAAAUUACUAUGCUUUACGUUACUUCCUUUCCCCUGUUCCUCGUAUUUCUUCCUCAUCUCAGCUACACCGGAAUAGUUUAUUGUACGAAUAGAUUGCAGCGCAGCCGUAUCAUGGGAUCCGCGGUGCAAGAGAACAAACUAUUAUUAGUGUUGGCGUUUUGAGAAAGUUGCCACAUAACGUAGCCCAGCGAGCACUGUCCAAUUAACGCACAUCAAUUGGAUGUCAAUCUUGCGUCAGAACCGAUAUUUUGAUGCAAAAAUGUUCCAGUUUUAACAUUUUGAACAAUUCACCUCAAAUUUGAUGUAAUUUUGAUUGAUGAUUGCUUGCGGGGAGGCAACCAUAUUGUGUUUUGC